CCUUUCUUCACUCCACGAGUCUCUAUGUGGAAAAAUAUAUGUAUUCAUUUACAAACACCUGUGUACACGUAGCGAUCUCUCGCUUGAAAGCGGUUGCAACGCUGGCUGGGUUGCUGACUCACUCUCUUCUUCUAACUUCUCUCUUUGAUGAGAGUUGGGUUAUUUUGUUUGCUGUUUUACAAAAAAUACAGUAGAGCCAGUCACUUUUUUUUGCGCGACCAGUCACACAAAAUUGAACUCAAAACCAGGUUGUGAUUCUCUGCCUUCUCUUUCAGUUUUUAAUACUGAAAAAGUUAUGAAAAGAGCAAAACUUGACCUAUUCUCUUCUCUGAGUCGGCGCCGAUCAGUUCAGGUUCUGAUUUUUAUUGGGUUGUUUUACAUUUUUUUGGUGAGUUUUGAAUUUCCCUUGAUUUUCGAAAGUCGGUUUGGCUCUGUUUCUCGAGAGGAAUUUUCUAGUAAUAAUAAUGGGCGCUCUAUCUCCAACUCCAUGUUAGAGAGCGAGGAAAAUUUGGAGGAAAAAGAUGCUCCCAUUCGCCCUCUUCAUGUUCCGUAUCAGUCUAAACUUGAAAAAAGGAUUAAGGAGUUGGUUAAAUCCCGGAUGUCGAGCUUGAAUUUGAGUGCAGGGACUGAAAGUUCAAGCUCGGAAAAUGGGAUUUUGAAGUCUGCUAGAGAGGCUGUUAAACUUGGGGAAAAACUCUGGCAAGAGCUUGAUUUGAUAGGGAAGAAUAGUGGCAGUAGUAGUAAUAGUACAAGUGGGAGUAAUAAUAGAAGUAGAAGUGAGGAGUGCCCGCAAUCUAUGUCCAUAUCUGGCGAUGUUUUCUUGGAGAAUGGGAGAGUGAUGGUGUUGCCUUGUGGGUUGACGUUGGGAUCACAUAUUACUUUGGUCGGAAAGCCGAGGGUGGCGCAUGAGGAUACUGAUCCGAAAAUUUCUCUGUUGAAGGAGGGGCAGUAUUUGAUGGUUUCGCAGUUUAUGAUGGAGUUGCAGGGGUUGAAAACGGUGGACAGGGAGGACCCACCAAGGAUUCUGCAUUUUAAUCCGCGGUUGAAAGGCGAUUGGAGUGGGAAACCUGUGAUUGAGCUGAACACUUGUUAUAGGAUGCAGUGGGGGACAGCACAGCGGUGCGAGGGUUGGAAGUCCCGGGAUGAUGAGGAGUCUGUUGAUGGCUUGUCAAAAUGUGAAAAGUGGAGUAGAGAUGACAAUGAUGGCUCGGAGCAAUCAAAGGCAACAUGGUGGUUGAACCGAUUAAUAGGACGAACAAAGAAGGUUUCUAUUGACUGGCCAUUUCCAUUCACAGAAGACAAGUUGUUUGUCCUAACACUUAGUGCUGGCUUGGAGGGUUACCAUGUCCACGUUGAUGGGAGGCACUGCACCUCGUUUCCAUAUCGCAUUGGAUUUGCACUUGAGGAUGCCACUGGAUUGUAUUUGAAUGGGGACAUUGACGUCCAUUAUAUUUUUGCUGCUUCCUUGCCCACCUCAGAUCCCAGUUUUGCUCCUCAGAGACAUCUUGAUAUGUCUAACAGAUGGAAGGCUCCACCUUUUCCAGAUGGGCCUGUUGAACUAUUUGUUGGUAUUCUUUCAGCAGGUAACCACUUUGCUGAAAGAAUGGCUGGGAGGAAGUCUUGGAUGCAGCAUAGGCUAAUCAAAUCUUCCAAUGUUGUUGCUCGUUUCUUUGUAGCACUGCAUGCAAGAAAAGAAGUGAAUGUGGAAUUAAAGAAAGAAGCUGAGUUCUUUGGAGACAUUGUCAUAGUACCAUACAUGGACAACUAUGACCUUGUCAUCUUGAAAACCGUUGCCAUCUGUGAAUAUGGGGUUAAAGUAGCAUCUGCCAAGUAUAUUAUGAAGGGUGAUGAUGACACAUUUGUGCGAGUGGAUGCAGUUGUUGAGGAAGCGAGGAAAAUACCUGAGAACAGGAGCUUGUACAUUGGAAAUAUAAAUUACUAUCAUAAGCCCCUACGCAGAGGUAAAUGGGCAGUGACAUAUGAGGAAUGGCCGGAGGAAAAUUAUCCACCCUAUGCUAAUGGGCCUGGCUACAUUAUCUCAUCAGAUAUUGCAAAUUUUAUAGUUUCAGACUUCGAGAAAUGUAAAUUAAGGUUGUUUAAAAUGGAGGACGUGAGCAUGGGAAUGUGGGUGGAGACAUUUAAUAGCUCUAGACCUGUAGAGUACGUACACAGCUUAAAGUUCUGCCAGUUUGGGUGCAUACAAGAUUAUAUUACAGCUCACUACCAGUCUCCGAGGCUGAUGAUGUGUAUGUGGACGAAAUUGCAACAACUGGGCCGGCCUCUAUGCUGCAACAUGAGAUGAUGCUCAAGACUCCAUCUUAGUGUAAAGAUCAUAGGACCAUGAAACUGAGACGAACAAAUUUUGCGGCGAUUGAAUGGUACAUUGUAGAUCUCAUGAACCGUGUGUAUAUAUCUAGAGCUGUUUAUGGGCUGCACAAGGUUUAAUUGUUUCUUCUUUGACAGUUGUCUAGUUCCAUUUGAUCAAUGGAAAAGUUGCAGGGUAAAUACAUGUGCGCAAUGAACAUCCGCGAAUCUCUCUGUAAUUUAGCAUAGUAUCAUAGCAGCUGGUGAAAACAAGUAUACGAUUACAAAAUUUUCUGUUUCGUUUUUUACUCU